AUGGCCGAGUCACUCUGGAAGAACAGGGCUUUGAUCCCCGUAGCGGACCACGUGGGAGUUCCUUCUUUUGUCAUGUCUUGCAGCUACAUGUUCAUGAUGCAGAGGGAUUCCAGAUGUAUGAACCGUCAUACCUCACUUACAUGUGGCAUUUUGGCUAUAGCUUCUUUCAGCAUGGAGGUCACGAGCCUGUCUGGCACAAGAAUCGCAGAGCUUGACCAGCAUGAGUUGGACCGCAUGGUGGACAGUGGGCAUGGCCGCAUCGCAGACCUGAAGCAACUCCUUGCUACGCAGCUCGGAUACUCCAGGUUUCGGCAAAGAAUCUUCAGCGAAGAUGCUGAGCUGCAGGAGCUUGAGCACUCGCGAACCGAUCUUGCGUUCUUGCUGGAUCCAGAAGCCCAACAGUAUGAAUGGGAUAUCUUGACAGAGGCAGCCUAUCUGGGCCACUUGGAAGUUUUGCAGUUGUUGCUUGAGGCUGCAAAUGACAAGGAUGCAUCAAAGGCGGGUAGGGGUAGAGACUAUGGCUUGCUCGCUGCAUCUUACAAGGGUCACUGGAAGGUUGUGCGAUUAUUGCUUGAGGCUGGGGUUGACAGGAACACCAGAACAUUUAUAGGGGCAACAGCUUUGAUGGUUGCAGCUGAGAAUGGCCAUGUAGAAGUUGUGAGGUUGUUGCUUGGGGCUGGAGCUGACAAAGAUGCAGCAAGGAAAGAUGGGACAACAGCUUUGCAUAUGGCAGCUGAGGAUGGCGAGUUGGAAGUUGUGAGGUUGUUGCUUGAGGCUGGAGCUGACAAAGAUGCAACAAAGAAAGGUGGGGCAACAGCAUUGCUUAUGGCAGCUUAUUAUGGCCGUGUGGAAGUUGUGAGGUUGUUGCUUGAGGCUGGAGCUGACAAAGAUGCUGCACGAACAGAUGGGGCAACAAGCUUACUGGUUGCAUCCGAGAAUGGCCUCAGCAUCCACUCAGUAGCUUCUCGGUCGGUUGAAGCUCAUCACACCGCUCAUGUCCUUAGCUACUCGGGAAGCACUCACUAUCUAUGCACAUACCUGCCAGGCCGCUAG